GCGACGCAGGGAAGCAUAAGCGAACGAACAAAAGCGGGACACUGAAAGCGGAGAUGGGUAAUAGCAUUCUCUGUUUCUAUCGAUUAGAGAGGAGAAAAUUCCAGUUUCGCUAUCACCAUUGCAGUAAAAGCCCAACUUUGGGAGCAGGUGGUAUCUCCCUUUGCUAAGAAAGAUUUGUCUUACUUUUUGGUUGCUUCCUUGUUCUUUCUCACUGGCUGCUACUGUUGGCAACGGCGGAGCGGAGGGUCACAGUUGUAACUGGUGAUUCGAUGGUCGUGUUUGGUUGUUUGUGAGGGAGCCGCUGGUGAUGAAUGCUUGAACCGGAAAAGGGAGAGAGAAGUUCACGCGGAUUUGGGAAAGGAGUUGCCUUUUAUCUCUUCUGGUCACCUUACCUUCCCCGACAUUUCCUAUCUCCUUCAUCGUCAGCCGUCGGUUUCUCUUAUCUCCUUCCCAUCUCUUCCCUUCCCUUCUCGUCGUCCGCAUCCUCGAAAAGUCACCUUUCUUGUGAUAACCUUAUUGUCUCUUUCCUUCCGUUCUCCAUCUCCAUUUUCUCUCUCGACUGUUCACAUCAGCCGGAAAUCCGUUACUAUUCAUCCGACAUGUCCUUUCUUCUUCAUGCUUCCCUCUUCUUGUUGAUCCUUCCUGUCUCUGUUCCUAGCCUUGGCGAGAUCUUGUCUUGCUGAAAGAGAAGAUGGUUCCUUUUUAGAACGAGCUUCGGUACAAGUCGGCCAAAAUCUACAUAGAAGAGCAGCGAACUGGAACGCAGUAUCAAGCAUGAAGUUGAACCGAGGGUAUUCUUAUGAUGGCUAAUGUCAGGAUAUAUUCUCUUUGAACAUGACAAUGGAAAGUGCAGAUUUGGAAGGGCAAGAACAAGCAAGGAAUGAACGAGCUGCAUCUCCUAGUUUGGAUAAUAGUGCAGAAUUUAGGGAAGAUGAUCACUCAGAUUUUAGUGUUUUCGAUGCUAAAUUGGAGUUUGAGAAGAUUAUGAGCAAAAUACCUUUGUAUUUGGAAAUCAAACAACCAAAACUUCACAGAAGAUGCAGGCAAAUCCAAAGAUCACUUCCAUGCAGCAACUCUCAGAAUCAUCUUUCUGGUACCAACAAAAAUCUUGCACCAUCAUUUUUUGCUGGUCUUGAAGAAAUUAGUUGUGAAUCUCAUGUUAUUCUUUAUGGAAACAAAUCAUUGUUAAACAUCCCUGCUAGCAUGACAGCCUCCGGUUACAUCUUGAAGACCUCAAAGUUGAUGGAUAUAACUCGAAACAUAAACAAUUUAAGCAAAUUCUUUCCUGAAUGUUCACCUUUUGUUCAGUCAGGAAACAUAGUCAUGAGUCCUUCAGCUAGAUGGGUUCAUGAUUUUAUACAAGGAAAUGUGAAGGGAAGUGGGCCGAUAAAAGGCUCAUUGUCUUUUGAUCCAGUUAAGCAAGACGUUCACAUGAAACAAAUUAUAUCAAGAUUGGCCGGUAACGUGGAAAUGAAAUUCUCAGAUUCAUCAAGCUUUCCUAGGAUUUGUAGCCCAUUGUUAGAAAAUGCAAAACCACUCGCAGAACCUCCGAGGAAACAAUCAUCUGAUGCAAAAUUCUCUCAGGAGUUGAUGUUUUCUUGCUCGAGUCUGGAAUCGACUUCAUCCUACCAGUCUACUUCACCUGCACAUGGCUGUGCCAGCUCAGCACUUCUUCACUGUGUCUGGGAGAGUGACAUUCGUUAUUUCUUAUUCACCAUGGAUGCUGAUGAUGGAGGUAAAGUAUAUGCGGCCAGUCCUCUGAAGAUCAAACCCUCUGUUGACAAGUCUCUGGAUUACAUUUAUCUGUUCCAUUCGUGGAAAGCUAUCGGAAAUGAGUCAAAGAAAAAUGUUAUCAGUGCUUCACCUGUUGUUGGAAAGAUGAAGGUAUCAAGCUCUGUAAUCGUUAACUCGAACAGAUCAAAAUUCAUAGAGACUGAGUUUGUCUUGUUUGGUGCUAAUGAAAAACAUUCUGCAGAAAAUAAGUCAUCAUCUAAUCCCAAGAAAAAAAAUAUGCAUUUUAGAAAGAUGGCUGUGAUAUUUAGACCAAGCCAUUCGUCAAAGCACAGCCCUAAAAUCAAGGUUAGUAUAACAGGUUCUGGAUUUGGUGAUCUCUGUCAAUUCUUUUCUGGCGAGCAGCAAAUUAUCGAUGAACCAGAUUGUUCCGAACACCUUUUAAAUGAUUUCCUACCCAAUCGCGAGUUGGCUGCAAUAGUAGUCAGAGAUUAUGGAUGCAAUGUCUCAAAAGGAGUUGCUUUUGGCGGUUGGGGACUCAAGUUCCUUGAGAAAGUUGAACUUGACGAUGCUGAUUCUUCUCGAGAGCCACCCUCAUCUUCUUCUGAAAGUUGUAAAGAAAGAUUUAUAUGUGACAGAGAGACUAUUGCUAGGAAUGUAACUGUUCUAGUCCCAGCUGGAUUUCAUGGUGGGUCAUUUACCAGAGCUGGUGGCCCUUCUAGUCUCACUGAGAGAUGGAAGUCAGGUGGACAGUGUGACUGUGGUGGGUGGGAUAUUGGAUGUCCUAUAAAAGUAUUGAACAAUAACUCUAUCUGUUCACUUGUUUUGCCCAAGGCUAAGGUCGAAGGGGAUUGCAAGUCAUUUGAAUUGUUUACAGAGGAUGUAAAGCACAGUGAACCCACUCUCAAAGUGUUGAAUGUGAGCAAAGACAUGUAUGCCGUUAAAUCUGGAUCAACUCUAUCAGCUCUGCAGUCUUUCGCCAUAGCAGUUGCGAUGAUCCAUUCACAGACACCAGAUCUAUAUCCAAAUCUGUAACCUACAUGUUUUAUAUAACUGCUACCAUCUUUUUUCUCUUCCAUCAUGUUCCAAAUCUUAGUGCCCAGAUAGAUGGUGAUGAAAUGUACAGUAUUCUUUAUGCCCUUUUGUAACUUUGAACUCCCUGCUGUCUAAAUUUAUGUGGAAAUGGAUUUUGUAUUGCUGAAGCAAAUUGUUGAUGCACUUAUGACCAUCAGAUCACUUUGAUUCUAACUUGGCAUCCUUUCA